ACAAAAACAACAAAAAACCAAAACAAAUGCAAUCGCGUUAAUUUUCUUAUCAAAAAUAUCCGUAAAACUAGUGGAGUUUCCGUAGUUUAUAGUUGAUAACCGUUACAAAAUGCGUUUAACCAAGCUGUGGCAGAAUCGGUCACCGGGUGACCGUCACCUGAGCACAUAUCUGUGCUUUGCGGCGGUCCGCCUUCUGCUGGUUUUCGUGCCCCAAUUGGGCUAUGUGCACCCGGAUGAGUUCUUCCAGAGCGUUGAAGUAAUGACUGGCGACCACUUUCGGCUGGAGCACACGCGCGCCUGGGAGUUCAACAACUCGAUGCCGGUGAGGAGCAUAACGUUGCCAUUUGCACUGCUCCGUGUGCCUUGGAGUUUCUACGAGUUCAUAGCAAUGUACCUGCGCACCUGGUGGGAUGUGGAGCUGCUGGGCACGUAUGCUUACGUGGUAUUUCCGCGGCUUGUCUACACCCUAAUCUCGUACAGCAACGAUUGGUGUCUGUACAGGAUUUGCCGGCUAUACGGACUGCGCUUCGAGAUCCGUCUCCUGGCCUUGGGCAGCUCCUGGGUGCUGCUAGUCUUCGGGACGCGCACCUUCUCCAACAGCUUGGAAAUGGCCAUGUGUUCGUGGCUGCUUUGUUUGGUUUCGGAAUGCAUGCUGCGCACGAACACGGUGGUGUACAAGAAGGAGUUCCUCGAGGAGAAGUACGACAAGGCGGAGUCAAUUAGCGAGCGUGUGCGCAUCUGGAAGCUAAAGAACGCCCUGCCGCCGCAUAAUCUGCAGCAUCUGCUGGCCAUGUCCACGAUCUGUGUAGCCGGGGUAUUCAAUCGGCCCACCUUCCUGCUCUUUGGAGCACCCAUGGUCUUCUUCUGGCUGCUGCGCGGGAUGGGCACGCGGACCGUCACCUUCCGGGAUUUUAAUCUGCGCAUAAUGCUCUUCUGUUUGUGUGCGCUGCCUGCUCUCGUGGUAUUCAUCUUCUGCGAUUCGCUAUACUACCAGCACCUGACCGUGGGCGAGCUGCACAUGAUGCACCUGAACAUCGAUAAUUUUGUAUUCACGCCCUGGAACUUCAUAAAAGCAAACCUGGACUCUGCGCAAACGGCCAGCCAUGGUGUGCAUCCCUGUUACGUUCAUCUGAUGGUCAACAUGCCGAUGCUCUUCAAUGUCCUGGCCCUGGCUUCGCUGGGUGCCUUUGCCCAGUUGCUGCUGCGCUUUUUCAGGGCUGAGUACCAAGUGCUGCCGCGCUUCCAAAGCAUUGUGUCGCUCAUGUCAGGAGCCAUCUUCGUGCCGCUAUUCUUUCUAUCACUAAUCAACCAUCAGGAGGCGCGCUUCCUGCUGCCAGUGACUUUCCCACUGCUACUGCUACACGCUCCCAAGCUGAUUACCGGAUUUAGUGCCAAGUAUCCCUUCCAGAAAGAACACCCGCUGUUGCGUUGGUUCUACGACAGAUGGCUCUCGAACAAGGCUUCCGGUCCGUAUCUCCUGAAGAUCUGGUAUGUGAGCAAUGUGGCGCUCACCCUCUUCUUCGGUUUCAUUCAUCAGGCAGGGGUUUAUCCCCUGGCAGCAGACAUGUCGCAUGUGAUGGCUACCAAGCCGGCGGCCACUCACGUCCACCUGAUGACCUCGCACAUCUACAGCCUGCCACUGCACCUGCUCAACAUUCCCAGCUCCCGAGUGCUGCACUUUAAUAGGCAAACGCAUCAGCGCUAUCGCCGCCAGAGGGACUUUUAUUUAUACGAAUACGGUGGCCUCUCCCUGGAUACCCUGAUGAAGAAGGUGAAGCUCAUCAGUGGCAAUUGCGAGGUGAAACAGUCCGGACCAAGUCGCCUGCGCUACAAGCUUUACUUGGCCAUACCCGCCUCUCUCAGCGCGGAUCUCCAUGAGGCAUUAGUUCAGUCCAAUGCCAGCAGCUAUCUCAAUUUUGAGUUGCUGAAAGUGUUUUAUCCGCAUCUCUCCACGGAGGCGUUUCCUCGUCUAAAGGGCAGACAUCCCUGCGAUGUGGACGCUCCCCACUGGGCUCACGAUGAUCUUCGAGGAACCUGCGCUGUGGAGCAGCCGCCAGCUCUGAGCUUUGCUUACUUGAACAAGCAAUUUAGUUCCUUUGUCCAUCAACUGGGACUGGCACUUUACGAGAUCGAUGUGAGACGCAAGAAGCCGCCAAGUUCAGUGGAAGUGAAGAUAAAAGCCACAUUGCCGGAAACUAAGGCGUAGGGCGACCUAUUCUUC